CUCCUCGGACAAGCGAAACACGUCGCUAUGCGUGUGCUGUUGAAUGCGCUGCUGUCUGCCACACACUCCCACUGUAGAGCAGCGGAAUUACUGAUGGCCAAUUCCUCGCAAGAUUAGGCAACGGCGAUACUGUUCCUUUCGAGAUUUAAGUGACUCCCACAAGUGCGCAUCCUUUAUUUGCAAAUGGAGCCGGAGGAGAAAAAUCCAGAGUCCAAAUAUGGUGAGCCAAGAAAAUUUGACCCAACAUUUAAAGGCCCGAUUUAUAACAGGGGCUGCACAGACAUUCUCUGUUGUAUCCUGUUCAUCUUGGCCUUGCUGGGCUACUUUGCAGUUGGGAUUCUGGCAUGGUCUCAAGGUGACCCUCGGAAAGUGAUUUACCCGACAGACAGUAAGGGUCAGUUUUGUGGACAGGUCGGCUCCCCACUUGAGAAGAAGCCCCUGCUGUUCUACUUCAACAUCAUGAAGUGUGCCAGUCCUCUGGUCCUGCUGGAGUUUCAGUGUCCCACCACUCAGAUCUGUGUGGAGAGAUGUCCCGAUAAAUUCAUGACUUUACUGAAAGCGUUACGAAAUGAAGAUGAUAGGGAAUACUACAAGCAGUUCUGCAAGGAGGGAGUAGACAUGACCAAGAGAGCUCCUGAAAUCCUGAAGGAUGGCUUGUGCCCUUCAAUACUCACACCUAGCAAGAAUUUCACACGGAGAUGCUUGCCCGCUCUAGAGACCUUGAAAGGUGGUGUUGUUGUGGUUGGCAACGAAACGACGUUCAGAGAUGAUUAUGCAGGAGAAAAUAUAAAUGCAACAGAUCUCCUUGAAGCCUCAAAUUUUCAUGACAUUCUACUCUGUCCUGUCCCCCUUUGUCGCCACACAGUGAUUAUCCUGUGUAUUGUGGAAGUGGUCAUCAUCCUUCUCCUCAUCUUCCUCAGGAAGAGGCUCCUCAUUGCUAUUGCUCUCAUCAAAGAGGCCAGCAAGGCCAUCGGUCAUGUGAUGUCAUCACUGUUCUACCCACUGCUGACGUUUGCCCUACUGUCUUUGGUCAUCGCAUACUGGGCCAUCACCGCUGUGUUUUUGUCCACUUCCAGUGCUUCCAGUGACAAGGUUUUCAAUACAACUGAGUGCAUGUAUUCCAGAGACACCUGCAAGCCUGAGACUUUCAACAGCUCAAAUAUAUUCAAAAAGCCUGACGACAUCCCAGCUUACCCUGUCUUCAACUCUUUAGGACGGGCCCUCAGGUAUCACACUGGCUCUCUGGCAUUUGGUUCCCUCAUUCUUGCCAUCGUUCAGGUCAUCAGGGUCAUAUUGGAGUAUCUGGAUCAGAAGCUGAAAGGUGCCCAGAAUAAAUGUGCAAAAUUCCUGCUCAGCUGCCUAAAGUGCUGCUUCUGGUGUCUGGAGAAAUGCAUCAAGUUUUUGAACAGAAAUGCCUAUAUUAUGGUGGCAAUAUAUGGUAAAAAUUUCUGUACGUCUGCCAAGGAUGCCUUCUUCCUCCUGAUGAGGAACAUUGUCCGUGUGGCGGUUCUUGACAAAGUGACAGACUUCCUCUUAUUUUUGGGCAAACUCCUCGUCGUUGGAAUUGUGGGGAUUUGUUCUUUCUUCUUUUUCACGGGCAAGAUUAAAAUAGUGGAGGAUGCUGCUCCAUCCCUUAAUUAUUACUGGGUGCCUAUAUUGACUGUGGUGUUUGGUGCCUAUCUGAUUGCUCAUGGCUUUUUUAGCGUAUACGCUAUGUGUGUGGACACACUCUUCCUCUGUUUCUGCGAAGAUCUGGAGAGAAAUGACGGUUCUUCCGACAAACCGUUUUUCAUGUCCGCUGAGCUGCACCAGAUUUUGUCAAUCGAAAAAAGUGCAGAGGAGACGGACCGUGCCGAGGUACCUGUCAUACAGGUGCAAGCUGAAGAGGAAGUCCCGCUGCAGGAGAAUGGAGAGGUGCAGCUUAAACAGCAGGACAUUCUGAAGCUGGAGCAAGAAGAAGAGACGCCACUAAACCAGGAAACGCACAUUGAAGAGCCGCCCCAAGAAACACAACCUCCAGAGGCACCCGCAGCCGACGAGGAGAAACCCGAAGAGCAGGUUACAACGCAAGAGCCUGAACCGCCACAAGUGACCCCAAAACAAAACGGACCCCAAGAGGUGGACGCUGAGGACAAGGAGGAGCAGGUGGCCCAACCUCAGGCAGGACCACCACAGGCCGAGAACCAACAAGAACAGGAACCAGAGGAGCCGAAGCCUCAAGAAAACGGACCUCAAGAGAGCGAGACCCUGCUCACCCCUCAGGAGUAGCUCAUUGAAGGUGGAUUCGUGAAACGUUUCAGAGAAGCCUACUGAUUUGGGAAAUGGUGCACUUUGGCGGCUUUGAUAAGCCAUUAGUAUACACUGGAAAGUACCACCUUCAUUCACAUCAUAAUGUUUACUCAAUCAAUCAAUUUUCGAGAACUGUCUCUUAAUAAAUAAUCACUGGUUGUAAUGGAUGGCAUGACACAAAAUAGGACAGAAACAGGCUUGUUCUCAAAGUAUGAGCUGUUUCAUUGACAAUUGGUUACGUGGACCUAAACCCCAUUAGAUAUGCCUACAUAGCACUUGUAGAAUGUGACUGUGUUUGUGUUUUAUGUAGAACGUUUUAAUGU